UGGGGAGGAGUUAGCUUAUAAAACGUGCAGUUUACAGCUCCAGGUGUCAGGAGUAUAAAAGACCUGUCUAUUGGACUUGUAACACUCAAUCCUGUUCAGAAACAGUUGACAAGCUGACCAUGGCUGUACAACUCAGAGAGAUUCCCUCACCCAGUACACCCACAUCAGGCAAAAUCACCAGAUUGAGCACCUUGUCCUGGAAUGGUCGGCUGCCACUUCACGGCGGAAGUCCUUCAGUGAUCAGUGUCAGCCAUACAUCGUCCUCACCAGUACAGAGUUUAUCCUCUACAUCAACAAUCUUAAACCAGUCUUACUCCUCCACACCAACACACUAUCAUGCCACUUCAUUUUGUGGCGUGAGUCUGCAAGAAAAGAAAGACCUCCAAGAGCUCAAUGAAAGGUUUCGUUAUUCUCUUUGCACUGCAACUGAAGCAGACGGGACAAAAGGCUUGGAAUAUGAACUGAAAAUAUUAAAGGAAAAAUGGGGCAAAGAGACAGAAAAUAUUAUAGAGAUCUAUAAUGAGAAAUUGGAAAGUCUGAGAACCCAGUUGGACUCCUCCAAAACAGAAACAAGUGAUCUAGUGGCCAAGUAUUAUGACUAUGACAGAAAGUGGGCUGACAUGGAAAGAGAGUUGGUUUAUCUGAGAGAGACUAACGACAAAGCCAAUGAAAAAGUGUCAAAACUGAAGAACAAAUCAAUCGAUCUCAAAUAUAAGCUUGAAAUGGUCGAGAAGAUGUCCAAGCAUCACAUCUCAGAAAAAGAAAGAUAUAAAUUUCUUCUCUCUCAAAAACGCGAGGAAUUGACCCUCGUCAGCAAGGAUGCUAGUGUGAAAACUUCCGAGUUACUGAAGAGAACAACACAGUGUGAGAGACUUCAGGACGAACUCAGAUUGUUGUAUCAAGUCUGGGAAAGGAACAAAAAGGAAUGGUCUGUUCUUGCUGACAUUGACUCUGCUGUCAGAAACGGAGAGUACUGGAUAAGUUAUGUCUACGUGAGAGUCUGCAAGAUUCAAGACGAAUACGAGAAACUGAUCAGUGAAUAUAAAGAAGAAAAUGAAUCAUGUCUUCGUCUGCAGAUCGAAAGUCUUAGAACAGAACUGGAGAGUUAUAAACACGAAUGGUCACUGGCUAAAGAUGAGAGAGACCGGCUGAAAGAAGAGUGUAUUGAUCUUCAGGCGAAAUAUGAUCAACUGGAGGUGAAGCAUAGUAAGUGUGAUGGCAAGUAUGCAGAGCUUCAAAUCCAAUGGGAGAGGAAAAGAGACAAGUGCAGGAGAUUCAAGUCCUUGAUUGAACAACUUCGACAGCAAAUGGCUGUAUUGACAGAAGAAUCCAAGGUUCACCUGCAGGCAAGGACAACUCUGGAAAAUGAGAUACAAGAGUACAGGGACUUGCUUUCUACCAUCGAAAAAAGAGGUAUCAAAUUCACCGUUAUUGGUACAACACAAUCUGGAGAUGGCAAUGACUCAGAUCCUCAAAUCAUUACUGUAAACUCUCUCAAUAGAAGAGUGGAAAAGACUCAUCGCAAGGAAGUCGCCAUAGAAAAAAUUGAUGAUGAGGGGAACUACAUCGAGUUACAAAAUCUUACUGGCAAAGCUAUAACGAUGACGAGCUGGAAACUUAAGCGAAAAGUCAAUGACAAAGAAUUGGAAUUUAUAUUUCCAAUUUAUAACCUUAAUGCGGGAACCUCGAUGAAGGUCUAUCCUGAAAGCCAAGCUUCCCUUAAACGUGACAAAAUUGACCUGGUGGCGAAAGGCAUAACAACCUGGGAUCAUAGUUUUACAGCUGAGACUCUCUUAUUGAAUGAACACGGGAAGGAUGUUGCACGCUACACGGAGCAACUGAGAGAUUACUAAACUGAAACUGCAUGAAAAGAUGAGAGUUCAACAGAUUUGAUGACCUUUCAUCCGUUACUUUGAAUUAAUUGCUUUUCAUUUCCUUUGCCAUAGUUACUGGCUUUUCUUACAACAAUAUGUUUUUACUUGUUAUGUUCAUGUGACAAAAAUGUAUUUAUCAGGAUUUAUAUGUACAUUUAUAAAUAAUACUAGAGAGUUAUAUCAAGGACGUAGAGCUAAGAAUAUCAAUGUAAGAUAUGCAGCUAAAGAUAUGCAGCUAAAGAUAUGCAGCUAAAGAUAUGCAGCUAAAGAUAUGCAGCUAAA